CCAACUGGCUGGUAAACCAAUCUCUUCUAACCUUCCCAUUCCUACUUCCUCAACUCAAGCAAGGCCAGCUUCUCUACUUCUCUUCCCUGAGCUCUGGCUAGACUCUGAGCCCUUGUCCAGCCCAACGACCGUGUGUUAACUCCGCCCCUAUCCUGAGGCUGGGCCCCAUAGGUGGAGAGAAGUUGGUAAGAUCUUGCCCUGUUCCUGGGUCCUUUCACACUUAAGCUCAUUGGCCCUGUUACCAGGAUGCAGGAAGCCUGGGUCCUGGGCACACUCACCGUGAUCUUUGGCCUGCUUUUCAGUCUGCAAGGAGUAAGCUCCAACAAGUAUCUUAUUUCAUCAUGCCUGUUUGUCCUAACUAGACAAUGCCCCAAAGGAUUCAGAUGUUGUGACAAUGAAUGCUGCCUAGAAAGAAAGAUCUGGAAUACUGACAAUGAACCCUUCAGGAUCCUGUUCAUCAUCUUAUUGGUCAUGCUGCCCCUCUUGUGCAUCUGUGGCCUAGUGAGGCGCUUCUGUCCCAAGUGCAGAGAAAGACAGCCUGACGUGAGAACAGCAGAUCAUCAGACACCUCCAGAUCGACCCUCCAUUGCUCCCCUAGAGAGCAUUUGGGUCACCUCCUUAGAUCCCCCACCACCCUACAGUCAGGUGGGUCUUUCUGUCCCAAUACCUAAUGUGUUUCAGAGCUGGCUGUCCAACCUGCUGAAAUAA